AUGGCCCUGGGCCGGCCGGCAGAGCGGGCAGGUCCCGGCGCGGCGCUGGCGCUGCUGUCGCUGCUGGUGCGGGCGGCCGCCCCCCCGGCCAUGUGCCCUCCGGGGGACUCGGGCUGCCGCUUCCUCAGCGUGGUCGACCUCUUCGACCGCGUGAUCCGGCACUCGGGCAGGAUCCACAGCCUGUCCACCGAGCUGGAGAAAUACUUACCGCCCCGUAACAACGAGCUGGGCAGGCCCGCGAGGAAGUGCCACACGGCCACCAUGCUGACCCCCAACGGCAAAGAGUACGCCCAGAAAAUCCCGAGAGAAGAACUAGCCUACUUGAUCCUGAAGCUUCUGCAAGCCUGGAAAGAGCCACUUUCCCACUUUAAUCAGCACAUUGAAAACCUUCAGGAGCUACCUGGUGAGAGCCUCAGCAAAGCGAAGCAAAUCAGCAACAUGGUACAUGAGCUGGAGACUGGGGUUGAGAAAGUGACAGAAAAGAUGCAGUCAAUGGGCAUCAUCAGCAAUUCAUUACACGGAAUGGCAUCAUCUGAAGCUGCUGGCUUAUCAAUUAGUAAUGAAGCAAAUAUGAUGAGUGACUCUGACUUUAUUCACUGUUUCAGGAGAGACUCCAAUAAAGUACAAAGCUACUUAAAAAUUCUGAAAUGUAGGAUUAUGCCAGAAAACAGUUGUUGA